AUGGACGCUUCCGACGCUGAACUGCGCACGAAAUCUCGCUCGCAAGCCCUUGUUUCUUCCCUCGAUAUUUAUGGCACAGUGUGCCUUAUCCUGCUGUGGAGUGUAAUGGGGUUAACCUUCGUCCUUCACCAAACUUAUAUCGGCAAUUAUCUCGCGGCGCAUGGUGUAGCCAAGGUCAACGCAACAACAGCUUCGAGAUCCUGCCUUUACAGCCGGUACCUAUAUAUUGCGCUGUGCGCUAAUCCCGGCCCGCUCGUGGCGGCAAUCUUGAUCGAAGUGAAGGGCCUGGGACGGAAGCGCACCGGAGCUGGCAUUGCUGUCUUGACUGGGUUGUUCAUGCUCCUCGCUACUCUGGCCCGGUCUUGGGAUUCUGCGCUGGCGUUCGAGUGCAUUAUCAGCUUUCUUCGCUUUGCUGGCAUGGCACGCUUUAUACCGUCGAGGUAG